ACACAUGACGCGUUUAAAGAUGGCGGCGUACAGUGUCAGGUCGUGUGUUGUGAAACUGUCAGAUAUUUUCAGUUUGACUGUAUUUUAGAGUUACUAGGAUUGUAAAUUAUUAUUUUUCUGUUGAUAACAAAACAUUCAGCACUGUUUACGUCAUGUCUUUACGUUAGUGGUUGAAUCUAUAGUAUUUAUAAUGUCAGCGAGUCCCUGAAUGGCAUAAACAGCUUCUGUAUCAAGGUAGAAAGACAGACAGAGAGAACAUGCUUCCAGCUACCUGGUCUCGGCUCUCAUGCAGGGCUCUGUCCAGCCGGGGACAGAGGACUCUGAGUCUGUUCUCCAGCUCCGGACCUUCAAACUGGAAUAAAGUGGUCUCAGACGCAGAGAAGAUCGUCGGGUAUCCCACCUCGUUCAUGAGCCUGCGCUGCCUGCUCAGUGACGAGCUCAGUAACGUCGCCAUGCACGUGAGGAAGCUGGUCGGGACACAGCACCCUUUACUCAACACUGCAAGGGGCUUCGUCUACGACAGCAAGAACAACCUUCAGAUGAGAGGACUGGUCGUUCUGCUUUUAUCAAAAGCUGCUGGGCCGAGCCGAGCAGCCUCCGAUCUCCUGCCUCAGGACAUGGUCAGCGGCAUCUACCCGAGUCAGAGGAACUUGGCAGAAAUCACUGAGUUGAUCCACACGGCCUUCCUGGUGCAUCGUGGGAUAGUUAACCUGAAGGAGUGGACGGUUUCAGACGGCCCGCUGAAGGACAUGCAGUUCGGGAACAAGAUGGCCGUGCUGAGUGGAGACUUCCUCCUGGCAAACGCUUGUACAGGACUCGCUGAACUGAAUAACACAAAGGUUGUUGAAUUGAUCUCUAGUGCCAUUGGUGAUUUAGUCCAAGGAAUCUACUCUGAGAACUCCUCUCACCCUGAGCAGGAAAACAGUCUCACUGACGGCGUGGACAUGUCGUCGUGGGAGGAGCAGACGUUCCUGUCCCACGGGGCACUGUUGGCUAAAAGUUGUCAAGCUGCAAUGGAGCUCGCACAACACGACAAGGAGUCCCAAAGACUUGCCUACAAGUACGGCAAACACCUGUCGCUGGGCCACAAACUGAACUCUGACCUGCAGCCGUUUGUGAAGAGCAGCGUGGGAGAGCCUGUGUCGUUCAGUUUCAGCGCCGCCCCGGUGGUUUUCCACCGUCAGAUCGUCGGUCAGGAGAGAUGGAAUCAGCAGCUGCAGCAGGUCCAAACACAGAGACACCACCUGGAUUACUCAAAGCUUCUGGCAGCGGUUAAGUCGGAGAAAGGCGUCAGCACAGCAGUGGACUUAUGCUGUUACCAUAGCAACAAGGCUCUAGAGGCCAUCCAGGCAUUCCCCUCCUCCGAGGCACGAUCCGCCUUGGAGAACAUCGCCUCCGCCGUCACCAAAUUCUGACCUGGACUCACGCACACUCCUGCCUCUGAAAGCCUGGUGUGUGUGUGUGUGUGUGUGUGUGUGUGCAGGAGGACCUGUGGACGUGUGACACUGAAGGGACUGAUGGACUUCUUUGAGCAGGGUGCUGGCUGACGUCCACACAAACUGUUUCUACGGAUGAGAUGAAACGUCUCCAUUCAAAAAUGGUCAUCAUUAAAUAAAGAAUUUAAAAACGCAUUA